AUGAUUGUUGUAAAGUUCAAUGAUAGAUUAUCGAUAUCAAGAAGUGUGGAUGAAUAUGGAAGGUUCUUUGUCAACUUGGUCAGUUGCGAGGAUGAGGUGGUGGCCAACGUAUCGAUCAAUCUCGAGAUGCUCAAUCCAAACAACAACCGACUGUCGGCCGAGUUGUUGCCAGCGCCUCUGAUGUACUCGGUCAUGUCGGUUGUGUGGCUGGGCGCGACAAUCUUCUGGUCACUGGUAUGCAUUCGCCACUGGACCAACUGCUCGCCAAAGAUUCAUCUGCUCCUGGCCAUGUAUCCAGUGUUCAAGUUGAUCAUCUCGUUGUUCAACGCCUACGUGUUCAACCGUGCAUCACACAUGCCCGUGUCCGUGGUCCAGGAGUAUGGCUACCAUCUUGGCACCAUCUCCUUUGGAAUCUACUUCCAACUCACACUCCUAUUGAUGGCUGUCGGAUGGGGAUUCAUCAAAGACGACCUUGAAACCGACAAGUACCAUGUAUUCGCCUUGGUCAGCGGACUAAGUGUCUCACUCAUACUCGAAGAGUUAUACGUCCAAGACAAUGUAUCAUAUUUGUUGAUAGAGUUAUUGGUACUAUCAUUCAGAGCAUUCUUGUUGGCAUAUAUGUUCUUCUCGAUUAGUUUUAAUGUCAGCACGUUGGAGUAUAAGAUACAUCAGUACAAUCCAUCAGAGUCGUCUGGUACAACGUUGUCCACCGAGGACACGAUGUUAAUGAUCAAGAAGUAUAGAGUAUUUAGUAACUUUAGAAUCAUCGUUAUAUUCUGGCUGACACUCAUUGCAUUGGAACUCUUCUCAACUCUAUUACUCUAUGGUGGAGUGUUGGAGAAUUGGGCAGAGAUGUUGGCCGAUGAAACAAUGGAUCUAUUGGUGUAUAUGUGUUUAGCGUAA